AUGCCUGUGCCUACGCUAUCCUUUCUGCUCGGGCUCGUGGUCAUAGGAUAUCUGUUCACCUUUGUGGUCUUUGCCAUUCUGCGCAUUGUCACAGGCGUUUCCAUCCAGCGUGUGGGAUACUCCGGCUUCAGGCGCAUUGCCUUCUCGCCGCGCAAUGGCCUCAAGAUUACCAUACGCGGUGUUGGACUGUCCGUCCAUCGCCCUACAUUUGCUUUGCCGACGUGGUGCAGCGUGGUCGUCACGGAGCUGGCGGUGACUGUCGAUUUGCGAGCUUUGGACGAGACGAAGCGUCAACAUCGUGCGAACGAGCACGGGAAGAGGAAGACGGAUUCGCCGAUCGACCACGAGGACGCAGAUGGGCAUGGCAAGCUGUGGAGACAAUUGACAGCAGUGAAGGAAAAGAUCAAGAGAUUGCAUAGGCAGAUUGGCUGGCUGAGGCUAUUCGAUCUGAUCGCGACCGCAGUGACGGUGAACAUUGUGGGUGUAGGCUCGCUUCGCAUGGAGAGGUUGACUCUUUCCGUGGAUACCAGGGCGCAGACAGUGGAUCGGAGCCGGCUGUUCCAACAUCAUAAGCUUAGACCAGACACGCAAUGUCCUGCCGAAUGGAAGUCUAUCAUACGAAGUGUGCUGUUCACGCCAGAGGGCAGGGAGUCUACGGAACUGCUCGACUACUGCACGCUUAAUAUUCAUGGUAUGCUCCACCGGGGGCGCGAGGGUUUGCGUGAUGCAUCGAUCGCACUCAAGCUGGGCCGAGUCAAUGUGCCAUACGACGAUUUCGAACAUGCCAAACGACUGUCGGAUCUGCUUCGAGGCAAAUACGCUCAACCUCGAGGAGACGGCUCGAUAUCGACCGAUCAUUUGGCAGCUGUCGUAGGCGAGCUGGAAGAUCCAGGCACUCACGAGCAACAUAUUGUUCGAGCGGUGUCCGACUCUCGGGCCUUCGUGGCGUCGGUGUUGCGUGGUAUUCAGGAGGUCCAAUUCGCCGUGAGCUUUGUCGGCCUGUCCAAGAAGCUCGCCGUCAAAGCUGAUGGGGGCAGAAAUGUCUACUUCAACUUUGCGAUGAAGGAGCUUGGCCUUGAUGUCUUGCGACUCGAUCCCAAGAGCCCAGCCCACAGAAUGUACUUUGCUACCAAGGACGUCGCGCAUCAAGGUCUUCUUACCGGCAUCGCCAUCGCUGCCGGCAUUGACGACGGUCACGAACACCCGGAGCGCAUGCUAUAUGUGCCCAUGAUCACCGCGACCGUGAAGACAACUCUACCUUCGCGCACGAUCGAAGCAUCCAAGCAGGAUGGUCCAACCGACCGCAACACCAACAUUCUGUAUGCGAACUUCGUGUGCACUUCUCCUUCUGUCGAUCUGGAUCCAAAACAUUUACCAUUAGUUCACGCAAUGCUGAAGCAACGCUCCGUUCGGCAGCAAUCCGCUAAGCCUGCAACGACGCAUCAUCAACUCAUCUCUCAGCUACUACCAAAGGCACAUGUGAAAUUUUCGAUCCAAGAACCUGUUGUGCGUAUAUCACUGCCUCCAAUGGACAAGAAGAAUGCGGACGCAGAUGACUUUGACCUCCUAAUUGCGUCAGUCUCGUCGAUAGCAUUAGAAUGUGAAUCUUCACAUGCUACGGACACUCGAAUGCACUAUAGCUUGAGCUCCUACUACCGCCACUCAAGACACAAGCUGUAUUAUCAGAGUGCUGCUGGCGACCGACAUGAUCUGCUGCUCAGCGACACGGUUGAUGUCCAAGUCGACGUCAACGCUUUACCAGAAGCUUCUGUCGUUGCGACCGGUCGUGCGCAGUCUUUCACCGUAUAUCUCGUUCGACCUGAUAUUUGUGAAGGUAUCCAUCACGUGAUCAACCAGUUCCGCAAGGACAUGUUGGUCAGCCAACAUGGGCAAGGCAAGCCGCAAGUCAGCUUCUUGCGCAAAGUUCCAGCGUGGCUUCAGCAUGCCAAGUUCGAAGGUUCCGACUUUGGCCUCGAAUUGGCGGGCGUUGAUGAGCAGGUGUCCCAAGAUCAACGCGGGUUUGGCUUGCAGCUCGAGUCGUGGACGAUAGAGUACAAGGCUCGACGGGACGACGACUCCAAGACGCCGGACCCAGCAGACCGCCGGAAAUCGAUGUCAAAAUCUCCUAACAAGGACAAGGGAGCCAAGCAAGGCGACAACCUCAACUUCCACCGGAAGCGUUACCAUAGCUACGCUGACGGAAGACGACUCACUUUCCAUCUACAAAAUCUUGAGGGGCUCAUUGUUGACUCGAUCGAAGAUUCUGAACCAAAGUCCUUCCUAUCACUGCCACGUUUCGAGGUAGCCUUGUCAACGUCCACGGAUGCUCAAGGGCCUAUAUAUCACGUCAACUCAUUCGCCAAGAGCAUAUUACUACAGUACUCACUCUACAAUCAUUUUGCAAUCGGCGUUGCCGCUACGGUCAUCAAAAAGACAAUCAUGGACAGGGAGCACGACGAGGAGCCGCGCCCAGGCCUGAACAGAGUACGAAGUGCUGGCUUAUCGGCCACUGAUCCGCAGCUUGCAGAGAUCGCAGGGCGUGAGAUUACCGCCGUUGACUUCAAAGCGAACCUCGUUCAGGUAAAGGCCAAAAUGCCUGCUGAUCCACCAAUGAUGCUUCAGAUAUACCAUCUUGAAACUGGUCGGCAUCGAUGGUCCUCGCCCUUUCUCCGCACCAAGCUGGCGCGUUUGUACGUGAAAGCUCCUGCAACCAAAGCCGCAUGGAGCCGAGUGGUCAGUCUCAAGGUCGUGCGGCUUGACUUGCGCGACGUCAAGCGAAAGGUUGGCAAGAAUACCAUUGGCGGAAAAUCCAUUGAUGUCGCAACAGAGGCUAUCAAAAUAUCCAUUCCUCAUUCGCUCGAGGUUCAUGGCAUCUUCGACAACAUAACAAACGUGGUCAAGACUUCAAAGCAACUUAUGCAUCACUUCAAGACUGGAACCAACGAGUACAUCUUAACAAAGGAGCCCGAAGGACCCAAGCAUAUGCCCCGUGUGACUCUCCGGAGCCAGGUCUUCGUAUUUGAUAUUGAAGACAGCCUCUUCGAAUCGAAACUUGGUGCCAUUUAUCGAGCUGGCCUACUGGAACAGAAGCAGAGAAGUGCUCGCGAGGAAGCGUUCGAGCUGAAGAAGAAGCGAGUGACACGAGGGAUGCAAAAGAGCUCAUCACGUCUGCGAGCACAGUCCGCGAAAGUGGGAAGCUCGUCGAGAUCGAGGUCUGGGAACCGACAGAGCAAGACCACUAAACGCAGCCAAAGUACAAGGGGCGAGAAGCCCAGUCCCGCGCACAGUCAGCGUCAUAAGCGUGGCCGCAGCAUUCAUUACGAUGCAGAGGGCAGGUGUGGCAUUAGCGAGUCUGCCACGAUUUCGAUUGAAAAGGCACGCGAAAAGCUCGACUUGUACAAUUCUCAAUCGUGGAAAUCUCGUAUCGAUCGUAUACGAAUUUUCCAAAGCCAGGCGAUCAAAGAGAUCCGCAAGCUGUUUGGCAUCUCAGACGAUGUGGAGGAUGUCGAACAAGACGAGCCUAUACUUGCUUGGAGCAGACGCCCCGCGCUCAUGGUUUUCGCCAUCACCGACCUGGGAGUCACUAUUGACAAGCCGUCGUUCCCGAUGGAGGAUCUUCCGAAGUUCAUGCACAGCGUUGGUAAAGGGAUGCCUUACUCGAUGGAGUAUGGCCUCUUGCUGCCUAUGAAUCUGCACCUUACGAUGAGUGAAGCUCGAGUCCAGCUUCGUGAUUACCCCCUCCCUAUGCUACACAUUCCUACGUUGGCAAAUGGUCAAUCAGCUAGGCUGCCCGCGAUGUCGAUACGGAUGGACUUCAUCGUCGCUGAGGAGUUCCGAGAUGUUGAAUCGCAACGUAGUGUCAAUGUGCAGGUUGUGCCUCCGAAAAAGAUGCGAGCUGGCACUGAAGGCUAUGCAAUUGAAGUCCGCCGUACUAUUUCUGCUGUCAAGACGUACUCUGACAUCAAGAUGGAGAUCAAUACUAGCAGUCCCACGAGGAUAUCGUGGUCCACCUCGUAUCAGCCUGCUAUACAAGACGCGAUGCAGGUGAUUGAGAACUUUACGAAACCGCCAAUCGAUUCCUCAGACCGGGUCGGUUUCUGGGACAAGAUUCGCCUGGCGUUCCAUUCCCGCAUCGUUGUAGCGUGGAAAGGUGAUGGGGACGUACACUUUGUCAUCAAAGGAUCUCGCGAUCCUUAUGUUGUGACUGGCGAAGGUGCGGGCCUGGUCAUGGUCUGGCGAGACAAUGUCAGCUGGAACAUAGCUCAGGAUGAUGAUCCCCGUAAGUUCUUUGUGGUUGAUAGUGGAGAGUAUAUUCUUGCUGUUCCAGAUUUCAGCAACUAUGCUUGCCACUCCCGGGAUAUGGGGGGCAAUGAUGAUGGCAGCGCAACCAGUGCAAGCAUCACGAAGAACAAUGCUGUCUUCACGAAGGUUGUGAUGAAGCUUUCUGGAAAGGUGAAAUGGCUAGCCGGACUAAUGUUCGAGCGUGACGUUGAUCAGAACAAACGCACCUUUGACUUCAAACCGCACUACGAUGUUGUCCUCAAACAUCCAGACUUUGCCAAAGGUGCUUCCGAUGGCGAAGAGUAUGAUGCAUACCGCGGGUUCAGGAGUCACCACAUUCACAUGUCUAUUGCUGUGAGCGCACCGCACGACCGAGACUGGUCCGUGAACAACUUGAAACCGUCCAUCAACUACAACUCGGUCCACCUGACGCCUCGCUUCUUCUCCCACUUUUACAGCUGGUGGUCUAUGUUCUCAGGUGUGAUGUCCUUGCCCAUCAAGCAAGGUCCAUUGUGGGGAAUCACGGAAAAGAAGAGCAAGAAGUUUGGACGCCAUAUGGCAACCAUCAAAUACAACUUGCUGCUGUCGCCACUCUACAUAAGCCACGUCUACAAGCACAAGGAUGCUGAAGAGUACGGCGCUCAUUCCGUGUAUGCCACUGGCCUCAAGAUGCGACUCGAUAGCUUCAUGCUCGAUAUGCAUCAGAGACGAGAGUACUUUGACCUCAAGGGCACAGAGGGUGCUCGGUCCAAGACAACAAGUGGCAUGCGCAUCCACCAAGCUCAACUAGAUUUCAUCUCCGCCGAUUUGCGAGCCCUCUCUGCCAAUAUUGAAGGUACCAGUGCUGAAGACAUCGAAAAGGCGAACGAUGACACGCUUGCAUCUCUGCAGGGAGGAGUGCCACUGGUAGACAUGUCGAAGUUUGACAUCCCCGACAACGACUUCUCGUGGAUAGAUAUGGACGACUUUGUGGAACUCGACUGGAUUUUGCCAGCGGAAGCAGAUCCAGAGACGAAGAUUCUGCCUCUAGGAUUCGCUCCUCGCUUCACCUAUAACCGACAGACGGAUCACCAUGGCACCAUCGCAGGAGAUCCAUCAAGGACCAGCCCCUUUGGAGAUGAGCCAACCCACUACUGUGUCAUGUCACAAAAGAAUGAUCCGCGCCGCGUGCAAGCGGAGCUCAUAGAGCGACGGUUGGCGUUGAUCAAGGAGAAGCAGGAACAGAACAUUCGGGCAGUUGGUGAGCAAGAAUUGAAACUCGUGCGGGAGCCUUCGCACAACAAAGAAUAUCUGCAAGCGUUGCAAGCCAAACUGGAUGCAUUGAAGAACCAUACUGAGCAUCUUGAGGGCAAACAUCAGUUCCUGCAGCACAUACUUGGCGAGCUUCGCCAACGCCUGCACGACGAGGACCCAUCUGCUGUGCCUGAUCUCGAGACCAGCGAAGAGUUCUUCGAAGCCCAUGAAAACUCCCGAACGAAUGAUCCCGACACGGUCCACCUGGAUGCCGCCCCGUUGGCAGAUUACACCAGCGAUUUCAACAACCGCUUCAUUGUGCACAAUGCGCAGAUCAAGUGGAACAACUCCCUGCGCAACACUAUAUUGCGCUACAUUCACCAGAAUGGCCAGCGGCGCGGUUUUGUAUAUUACAUGUCGCGGCGUGCUGUCAAGUUCAUCCUCGAUGUGCUUGAGGAAAGGAAAAAUGAGGGUAAUCCGUCAACACCGAAGCGCCAGAAGUCCCACACCACACAAUACAGUGCCAUGUCACCUGACGCAGACGAUGAAGAGGCUGUACAAGAUCGCAUCGAUGAACUGCUUCGUGAUGGCCGCACCUUCGUCAACGCUGAGGAGUCAGACAACCUCGAGCGGUGGGAGACAGGCGGCAAUGGGGGUCCUGCUGAUGACAUCGCCGUUGAGUUCGCUGCGCUGAAUACCUACCAUUUCCGUCUGAUCGCGCCACAAGUCCAGCUGCAAAGUGAGAAGAACCCAAAUUCUGCGGUGCUGGUCACGGCCAAAGGCAUGCAGUUAAAGGUUGUCCAGAUCAUGGAAAAGGACAAGAUUGAUGACGACGUGAGCGGACUCGUGCAGCGCCGCUUCAAUGCCGCUGCCGACAGUUUGCAGAUGUUUGUGACAAGCACCAAGACGUUCUCCACUGAGUUCGUGCAUUUCUACUCUGCCAACCGUUACGGAGUCCGGGCUGGCACUUAUUGGCCUCCGUGGGUGCCUAUGGAGAUCAUGUUCGAAUUCGAAACGAAUCCUUACGGCUUUCAUCGAGUCGUGCAUCGCACUUCUGCCAGUCUGCGGUACGACAAGUAUAACCAGCUGCGCCUCAAGUACAACGACGACAUUUCGGGAGGUGAACCAGCAAAUUCCGAGAGCGCAGAGGAGGCAGAAACGCGAAUGGACCAUGUCUGGCUGGAAUUUCCUCAAUUCCGCGCCAUCUGCGACUCCACACAGUACUUUACGAUGUAUGUCAUUGCCAUGGAUCUCUUGCUGUAUAACGAGCCAUUGGAGAAGACUAGAAGUGAACGUCUCGAGAAGAUCAUGUUGGCUUCUGACUUCAGCGAUUUAACCGGCGCUCCAGAAAUGGUCGAGAUGCUUCAAGAGCGAAUCAGACAGUUGGAGGAAAUCAAACUGCACUUCCAGGUAAAUGAACGUUUACUUGAUCGACAAGGAUGGAAGGACCGAAUCAAGCUCGACCAAGAUCUUGCGAGUUGUGAGGAUGAGCUGUUCUUCAUGAUGAAAGCCAUCACUACAUCACAGCAACAUAUGGAAGAGCGCAGGGAGCCCGACAAUAGUGGCGGGUUCAUGCAGUUACACAUAGCAUCGCGCGAAAUUGCCUGGCAUCUUAUCAGAGACAAAGGCGAGUCGUUGAUUGAGCUGCAACUCCAAGAUGCCAGCUUCGAUCGAACGGACAACUACGAUGGAUCGAACUACAACAGCAUGGAGAUCAGUCGCAUCAAUGGGUACAAUCUGCUCAAAGAUGCGCUGUACCCUGAAAUCAUAUCGCCCUUCACCGACGAAAGCAAGGGUGGUCGUAGACUACGCGAUGGCAAGAUGCUCCGAGUACACUGGUUGAUGCUGGAAGCUAUAGCAGGCAUACCGGUAGUGGACUAUUUUGAAGUCGAUCUCGUACCGCUGAGACUGCAAAUCGAGCGCGACGUGGCCAAGAAGAUUUUUGAAUACAUCUUCCCGGGCGUCGGAGGUAGUGCCUUCGAUGGCGGAUUCUCGCCCUUUAUGGUCAAGAACAUGCUGCCUCCCCAAGAAGAAGAUGAGGAGCCUGGGGGACGAGAAGAUUCCCAGUCAGUGCUUGGGGUUGACCCAGCCGGCUAUAACGAGAUCCAGAGCGACACGAACGGUCCAGGAUCUCUCGAUGCGCGAUUGAAACCUACUUUGACUUUGCAGAAGCACAAGAAGACCAAGGUCGAGAACAAAGGUCUAGGCAUCUCGAACCACGCCCCUCAUGGACUUGCCAUCUUCCAGCACUCUGACAAGUCUUCGCGCAGCGUUUCUGGCACACGGACUCCUGCUUCUCGACAGGCUCUAUCGCAGACCAAUCGUGAUGGCAGAAGCAAGCGACUGGCAGCUGCAUACCGGCAUGGCGUGGAUGACAAGAAGAAGAAAGACAAGGAUAAGGACAAGGAGCGCCCAUCGGAUGACUUGACUCAGAUGAUGAAUAGAGCCUCGAACUACAUGACUCUUUCAUACGUCAAGAUUCCGAGCAUGGUUUUGUGCCUGUCAUACAAAGGGCAAGGCAAGCGCAAUAUCGAAGACGUCCACGACCUCGUCUUCAAGAUGCCUACAUUGGAAUAUCGCAACAAAACCUGGUCCAAUCUCGACUUGGCCAUGCAGCUCAAGAAGGAUGUGGUACGAGCACUGAUCAGUCAUGCCGGUGCAAUCGUAGGGAACAAGUUCAGUCAUCACAAACCUAACAAGCAAGUGACUUCCAAACUACGCGAACUGGCCAGCAGGAGUACAUUCAUGAGUCCGAACAGCAGUCAGGCUGCAUGGGCGGAUGGCUACAGUGGUGCCAGUGCCACGCCAGGACCCUCGGACUGGACGACUACGGACAACAGUUCGGAAACCAGCAGUUUUCUGGGAUUUUAUAGCAGAGGAGGUGAAACAUCUGGUCGGCCUUCCAGUGCAACGAGACCUGCCACAGGAAGUAGUAAUAUGGCCAGGAGUAUUGUGAGCUAUUCCUCUCCCGAGGAUUCCUCGCGCUUUUCUGAAGAAGGCUUGGCUCCGCCCAGCUUCGCUGCUUCUGAUGGUAAUGGAUAUAGAGAUGAGCAUACACAGAGCACACCCUCUCCCAAAGCGCUGCUGCCUACCCAGAGACUUUCGCCUGGAUCCAUUGCGGACGAGUCUCGCAACCGAGCUACGGCUCUUCACCGACAUUUGACGGGUCUUGGAGAUCGAUUGCGGCAGAAGCAGCAGACGACGAGUAAUGGACAUGCGGCGUCCGAUUCCACUGCAGAUGAUAAUGAGGAGUCGAAGCGGAAGAGUAAGCUUUUGUUGGGACCGCAGAAGCUGCUUGGGAGGUUUAAGGAUUAGAGAACAAACGGUGUGAUUACGUUUCAUUGGAUUGAUGCAUAGCAUGGCAUGGGAGUAGUAGGGGAAACAGAACAGACAGGAUGUUCGGGUCCAUCUGGGACGGUUGGACUGAUGCUGAAUGAUACACCUGCGAAUCCGACUUUGGACUUCCUUUGGCCGGCCGCUGCUGGCUCUUUUUCUUUUCUUUUCUUUUCUUUUCCACGAUUUUGGGUCCCUUCGAAGAGGAAAGCUGAGAUGGCCGAGUUGUGACCCUGUAGCUAGCUUCAUACCCACUCGUCACAACCGACGAAUGAAUAUCUUGCAAACUCG